AUAUUUUUUUGACUGAUAAGAUAUGAGAGGUGUAUUUAUUGAAUUGUGCACUUCAUUUUCAUCAUAAAUAUCUCACUUUUGUUGCACCUGGUAAAAUGAAAAGGUUUGUGGUAUUGUUGAUUACUGUCGCAUUUUUUGAUGCAUCAACUGGAGAACCUUCUCCCGAGAUCAUUCCCGUGGAAGGUGGUUUAUCUGGUGAUGGUAUAACGACCAGAUACUGGGAUUGCUGCAAACCAUCCUGUGGAUGGACUGAUCUUGUAAAUAAUACCCGAUUUAAGACCCCCGUACAUACUUGUGCCAUUGACGGUAUCGAGAUAAUCGACCCACAGCAACAAUCGGGUUGUGCAGAUGUUGGUGCGGCUUAUACUUGUAGCAAUCAACAACCGUUCGUAGUAAAUUCUACUCUGGCAUAUGGAUUUUCAGCAGUAUCCUUCACCGGUGGAGAAGAUUACCAUAUGUGUUGCUCUUGUAUGUUACUCAACUUCCAAGGACAACUCUCGGGAAAAAAGAUGUUAGUUCAAAUAACCAAUACUGGGAGUCCAUUAGCAGUUAAUCAGUUUGAUAUAGAACUCCCAGGAGGAGGGGUAGGAAUUUACCCUCAUGGAUGCAUGAAACAAUGGAAUGCUUCCGAAACCGGAUGGGGCGAUACUUUUGGAGGUGUACAUUCGGAUGCGGAAUGUAGCGAACUGCCUGCUGUACUGCAACCUGGAUGUCAUUUUCGUUUUCAAUUCAUGGAAGGUGUAUCAAAUCCUCCAGUAACUUUCCAACAGGUUCAAUGCCCUCGAGAACUAGUUGCAAUAACAGGUUGCGAGUAUUAAGUAAUUUAUCAUUGUUUAUUUUCAAUAAAUAUUAGAUAAUUUUUCAGCAAA